AUGUUCCGCUUCACGCUCCGCAACCUUGCCCGCAAGGCUCCCGCCAAGGCUGGGAGCAAGAUUGCUGCCACCGUCUCCACCGCCACCGCCGCCUACCACACUGCGCCGGCUGUUGCUCAGACGGGGGUGAACAUUCCGCCGAUCCCGGGAGUGCGCAGCGUCCGCGCGUUCCGCUCGCAGAAAAUGGCCGCAUUGCAGCCGCAGCCUGUCCUCCCUGCCGGCAAGAAGGCCGCCGCCCCAAAAGAUCCGAAGCAGGUCAAAGCGGCUGUGAAGCCUCGAUCAUCGAAGAAGACCAUGGCGCCAGAGAAGACCGCUGUGCUCGUGAAGGAGCUUCAGGCGAAGAAGACCAAGACGCCAAAAAUUGCCGCUAAAGUGAUCUCCAAGCGGGCUAAAGUCAGAAAGGCGCGCAAGUAA